AUGGCUAGCAGUCAUUUCGAAGACAUGGCAGAAGUUGGAGCGGACAAGGUGCAUGUACAUGCCAGAACACUUGUCGUGGUGGCGGCGAUGAAUUCAUUGGUCAUAGCCCAGAUGUUCUCCGUGCUGGGAUCUGGUAUCCUGGCACGAGCGAUAGUCGGGCUCUUGGGGGAACCUACUCUUGCUGUGUGGCCAUCAACAAUUCUCACCAUUGGAGCGGCGGCGUUGAAUCCGACAUUGAGCCAAGGAGCCGACUAUUGGGGUCGUCGAUGGAUUCUGGUGGUGACAACUGGCUCAGGCUUGGUUGGGGCGAUCAUGAUCAGUCGAGCUCAGAACAUUGCCACGGUAUUUGCCGGUUUCUCCUUCAUGUCGGUCAUGUUUGGUGGCCAGGCAGCGUCAUUUGCCGUGGUGUCAGAGAUUCUUCCGCGAAAGUAUCGCGCUAUUGGACAAGCAUCGCUGAAUGUGUCACAAGGUGUGGCUGGUAUGGCUGGUGUGCUCUUCUGCGGCGCUCUUCUGCAGAAUGGAGGAAGCGAAGGCUACCGGAUUUAUUUCUAUGUCGUGGCAGGUCUGUUCGCUGUAGCGACGGCUUCGAUUGCGUUCUUUUACGACCCACCUCCACGAGAAUUGCAGAAGUCGUUGACCCAUCUCGACAAGUUGAAGAGUCUCGACCUAGUCGGCAUGGGAACAUUCACUGCGGGUGCGAUCCUCUUCAGCGUCGGGUUGGUGUGGGCCAACAGUCCGUAUCCAUGGACCAAUGCUCGAAUUCUGGGUACCUUCAUCAUUGGCUCCUUGCUCCUCCUGGCCUUUUUAGGAUAUGAAUGGCUGGUCAAAAAGGAUGGGAUUGCUCACCAUGGUCUGUUCAAAGACAAAAAUUAUAUUGUCGCCUUGACGACGGCGUUCCAGGAAGGUCUUGCUGUGUUUACACUCAACUAUUUUCUUACCAUGGAAGGGAUCGCAUUGUUUGGCUUGGGAGUCUUCCAAGCCUCGACACGAUACGCCAUGGUGUAUGUAUACGCGAUCAUAUUGAGUUUUGCAUCGGCAUGGUACAUGACGCGGUUCAAGGCUCUCAAGGGGCCGAUGUUGGUGUCACAGGUGCUUCUCCUGAUCAUGUUCAUUCUGAUGGCAACGGUGACGCCUGGUACGCCAGCGGCGGUCCUCUGGGGUUACCCUUUGCUGGGUGGCUUGGCUCUGGGCGCCGUGACGACUGCGAUUUUUGUGACGGCUCAGUUGAGUAUCACGGGGGAGUUGAUCGCAGUAGGCACAGCUCUCGUGGCAGCAGCGAGAGCACUGGGUGGGAUGAUUGGACUGGUGGUCAACAAUGCCAUUUUCAACGCGGCGGCCAAGAGCAAUAUCCCAACGAAGAUAGCUGAGGCGGUGUUACCGAUGGGCUUUGACCCGUCACAUCUUGAGACCCUCAUCACGGGUCUCAUGGCUGAGAAUGUGGAGGUAGUCGCAGCCAUUCCUGGUAUCACUCCAGAAAUCAUCGGUGCCGCCGUAGGAGGACUGCGAUCAGGCUAUUCGAUCGCGCUGCGCAAUGUCUGGAUAGCUGCAGCAUGUUUCACGGUUCCAGGAGUUAUCAUUGCGUGCUUCCUUCGAAAUCCCAUCGAAGCCUUUAAUGCGCAUAUUGAUGCUCCAUUCGAGGAAGAAUUGGUCAAAUUGCAAGACGAGGUCGAGGGCCGAGUUGAGCAUGGGAACCCAGGCACACCGACUGAAAAAGGCGUCAACGUUGACAUAAGCAGAUGA